UCGUGUGGUUGUGGAGGUUUAUAGACAUGCCCAGGCGAAAGGGACAAGCUGGAAGCGAGUACGACAGAAAUCGUUGGUGCGCGCAUUGUAGCGACCUCAUCCCAAAAUCGACAUACUACGACCAUGUCAGAAGGUAUGGGGAUGAUGCCUGUGGGAACGGCGAUCAGCCUUGCACAAAGAGGCAAAAGUUAGCUGGAGCAACAGUUGAAGUAUCUCAGGACUUGAUGUCAGGUGACCCCAGCCUAUCCUCAGAGUCAGAUGUGGAUGACACAAGCACCCCCCAAGUGAUGUCAGAACUGAGAAAGCAGUCACACCUUCCUGAUAAAGUGGCGAACUCUGAUGCACAAGACUGCAGUACUAGUAGUCAACAGGACAUGGAAACAGAGGACAAUGGACAAGCAACAGAUGGGUCUUCUGGGAACUCUGACUCUGAGUCAGACUGUGAGAAAGAGGACAAAGAGGAUACUGAAAUAUGGAGUGAUGCUGAGAUGGAAGAAGAUACGCUGGACUUUCGACGUGGCACAGACAUGGAGGACAUCAAUGAUGCAGGCCAAACAGAAUCAAACACGUUUAUGCCUCUAAUCUGUUUAUUGUUGCUACUGCUAGCCAAGUGGAAGUCAGUUUUCACAAUAUCAGAUUCAGCUGUAGAGGUACUUUUGAAGAUUAUUGGGAGUAUUUUGAUGGCCAUAGGAACGACACUGUGUAUGGAAACUCUGAAGAGCAUUGCUUUGGCUAUACCAAGAACCAUAUAUAUGUUUAGAAAGAAACUAGGUCUGGAUAGAAAUGAUUUUGAUCGCUAUGUUGUCUGCCCUGUUUGUGAUUCUGUGUAUCCAGUUGAGGAUGCAGUAGUAACUAUUCGUGAUGGCAACGGUAGAAUUGUAAGAAAAAAAUCAGCUAAAUGUUCUCAUGUUGAGUUUCCUAGGCAUAAGCAGAGAAAGUUUCGAAAGCCAUGUGGAACCAUUUUGAUGAAGACUGUCCUUGGUAAACAUCAAAAAGAAUUCCUAUAUCCCAAACGUACAUUCUGUUAUCGCAGUGUAGUAAAGUCCCUUGAGGACAUGUUGCAGAGGCCAGACUUUAUUGAGGCCUGUGAAGCAUGGAGAAAUAGAAGUACACAACAUGGAACUUACACAGAUGUGUUUGAUGGUCAAAUCUGGAAAGACUUCCAAGUGGUCGAUGGUGAACCAUUUCUUGCUGAGCCAUGUAACUUGGCUCUUAUGUUAAAUGUAGACUGGUUUCAGCCUUACAAGAACAUCAAAGAGUCCAUUGGCAUUAUGUAUUUGUCUGUAAUGAAUCUCCCAAGAGAACAAAGGUUUAAAGAGGAAAAUAUCAUUGUGGUUGGAAUCAUUCCAGGUCCACAUGAACCCAAACUACACAUCAAUGGUUUUCUCGAGCCUUUAGUAGAGGAGCUACAAAAGCUUUGGAAAGGUCUAUGGCUGCAUGAUAGCUCUUUGGUCAAAAAGCAACGUUACCGUGCUGCUCUGUUAUGCCUUGCCUGUGACAUCCCUGCAGCCAGAAAAGUUGCAGGUUUUUAUGGCCACAUGGCAACGAAAGGAUGUAGUAAGUGUCUGAAGUCAUUCACUAGAGAUUGUAAUAAUCGUGUAGAUUAUUCUGGGUUUGAAGAGGAGUUUCCUCUCAGAAGUCACCAGGACCACUGCAGGUAUGCUAAAAGGGCAAAAAGAGCAAAAAAUAGAGCAGCAAGGGAAAGAAUUGAAAAAGAGUAUGGUGCUAGAUAUAGCUCCUUGCAUGACCUUCAGUACUUUAAUGUUAUUAAUAUGCACAUUGUGGAUGUUAUGCAUAACUUAUUGGAGGGUACAGCAAAACGGGUUAUGCAAGUGUGGAGAGAUACUGGGGUGCUGUCAAAGGAACAGUUCUGCACACUGCAGGCUCGAGUUGAUGAAAUGACAGUACCCAGCAACAUUGACUCCAGCAUACCCGCAAAGAUAGAAUCGUCUUUUGAAGGAUUUACAGCAGCCCAAUGGAAAUCCUGGGUUUGCAUUUAUUCGUUGUUUGCAUUGAAAGGAGUAAUACCUGAGGAAGAUUAUAAUAUCUGGAGGUUGUUUGUAUCUGCUACAAGACUUCUGUGCUCUAGGAUUAUAACAGAAGACCAACUUAAUGAUGCCCAUCGCUGUCUGAAAAUGUUCUGCAAUGCGUUUGAAGGAAAAUAUGGAAAAGAAUGGUGCACUCCUAACAUGCAUUUGCACCUCCAUUUAAGGGCAUGUAUUCAAGAUUUUGGGCCUGUUCAUGCAUUCUGGUGCUUUUCCUUCGAACGUGCUAAUGGAUCCCUUGGCGACUAUCAUUCCAACAAUCGACACACUGAAAUAAAUAUGAUGAGAAAAUGGCUUAUAGACUGGAAAGUUGCUUCCAAGCAGAACGAAGGAUCAGAUUAUGAUGUAGAUUUUGCCUCAUUUUUCGAUAAACCUGUUUCAAAUAAGUCCAUCUUAACUGCAGAGCAGGUAAACAUGUUGAAAGAAUUAGCCCAGAAUGAUGAUCUACAGCACAACAAUUUUGAAGUAAAUGAUCAGUGCGAAUCUAUGUUACCACCAGUCAAGAGAAGCAGUAUGUCAGUAGAGGAGAAUGAGGCACUAUUAGCCAUGUUUCAGGUACUUUAUCCCCAUGAAGUUGUUAGGGUUUCUCUGAUCCACAAUUACUGUGACAGAUACUUGUUAGGAGGUUUUCUACUGUGUCCAUCUGAAUAUAGAAAAGGAUCCUCUUCAUGUAUAGAUGCAAAAUGGUUUAACCAUAGACAGAUAACUGGUGAACCUAUUAUCGACCCCAGUGCUUCCCCCAGACCAGGUCGCAUUUCUAAGAUAUGGAAAGUUUUUGUGUUCUUGAAGGCAGAAGAAACAGAACGAAAGAUUGAACACACAGUGGCAGAAGUCAGGUGGUUCAAGGUACAUGGGAAACGGUACUUCUAUGGGAUGAAUAGUUCCUGUACAGUUUGGGAGGAAAGCUAUGAACCCUGGUCCUAUGCUUCCUUCCUUCCCAUGAAAAGGAUUUUGAAUCAGUGUGCUUUCUGCACAUAUAAGGUGCCAUUCAACAACAGAUGGGAAGAAACUGUCAAUGUUGUCUCAACUUUAACGUCAGUAAGGUGUGUAUAAUCUCGCACAAAUAAUUGUUACUGUUGAACUAGAUGCCAUAAUACCGCCACAUGAGAAAUACAUGAAAGAGAUGUAUACAGCAAAUGCACCAUCAGUAAUCCUGAGCCACGUACACUUCAGAUAUUUAGCUGUCUUGAGAAGGCCUCUAUAAUGUGUUUUUGAUGUGGCGGUAUUAUGACAUCAGGAGUUGAUGAAAAGGUAUCCCUUAAUGACUUUAUCUGUCUGCUAAAACACACAUUGAUAUUCAAUGAAAGGUAUCAUUGAUGAUGAUAUGCUACAUGUACUUAGGAUAGUACAAUAGGGAGCAAAUACCUUUGUUGUAACAAAGUGAAAUGUAAAUGUAGCAAUAAAUGUGUCCUGAUAUGAUCCCCCAGAUGUUCAUUUUUUUAGUUACAUGAUAAUUUAUAUAUGCAUACAUUCAAUGAUACUAGGUCUCUCCCAGUGAAGUGGCAUGUUGAUAGCACAAUGUGUUAGCAUUGAUAGUCAGGAGUUUUACCUAGAAUAAAUAUGCAGCACUGCAAUGUUGUUUUUUUGUUGGGGUAUAUUUGGUAGUUGCAUACAGAGUGGUGUACAGAAAUUAUAAGUGAACAUACAUGUGUCUAGUUCAUGUAGCUAUAUAUUUACCUUGUCUGGGGGUGAUCCAGAUAUGUUAUUAAAUAUGUAAAUAUGCUAAUAUUGCUGAAACUUGACUUUUGCACAUUAUGUUUCUUAAAUUGUUUCCUCACCAGUUUGUAUCUGUUAGCACCUGUGUACCAGAGAGAUGGGAAUAAAAUUUGUUACUUUUGUAUAACAUGA